AUGUCACAACCUGGCAUUUUCGCCAAAUCAAAUCUGGUUUACAUACCAAUGUCAGCAACGACCGCUCACAUAUUAUAUUUCGUAUUUAAUUCACCAAUAUCUACAUGGAAAGAAUUUCCUCCAAUAUUACCUACCUCAGUAUAUUUUUCUAUAUUUUUUACUCCAUUUUUAAUGUUUUUAUCACUUUCAUUUGAACCAAUCCAAACAAGGAGACGAUUUUAUACGCUGUUAACUCUCGCUUUUAUAUAUAUUUCAAUUCCAAUAAGUUUUCGUGGAAAAUACCCACCUUUACCUCAAAACGCUUUUGUAGCUUAUGGAUCAAUAUUUGGACUAAAAAUGUUAUUGUUCUUAAAAUCUAAUCGAUCAUACUUGAAUCAAGAAGAUACAAAACAAAAGAAAGAAUUUAAAUCAUUCCUCUGGACAUUAUUUAAUUUACGUUUUAACUCUUACAUAAAUCCUCCAAAAAAGGAAAAUUCUAAUGGAAAAGAAAAUUCCUUGAUUAUUACAUCACCCACGACUUCACAAAUCAACCAAAAAAUAAUUAAUCGCACCAUAAUUACCGUUGCAAAAUGUCUUGUUCUUGAAAUUGUAAUGUAUAAUGCAAUUACAUAUUCAAUGGUGAUUCCAGAGAAACCAUAUCAACUUCGUUUGAUUGAAUUUUUUACGAAAGGAAUUCCUGUGAUUACCAUGCCUUUAAUGUUACUAUACAUAAACUUCCUUUUACAUGUAUACCUAGCGUUGUCAGUAUAUGGUUACGAUAUAUAUAUAAUUAUUAGUGCUAUUUUCUACCGUUUUUUCCUUCACUCUUCGUCGGAAGAAAUUAAUGAUAAACCUAUUUUAAUCAAAUCGGGCCUUCUCACUUCUUCCGAAUAUUUCUCCCUAAAGGAUUGGAUGAUCACAUUUCUUUUCAAUACAAAACAUUUGUUUAACGAACCAUGGAUGGCAUCAAGCCCUCGUGACUUUUGGUCUGCUCGUUGGCAAUUAUUUAUUAGUGAAAGUUUCAAAGAACUAGGGUUUUUACCUGUUAAGAGUGUAUUCGCUCCAAUUGUCCCUAAGAAAAUCGCAAACAUGAUGGGCGUGUUAGGUGCAUUCGCUAUUAGUUCUUUAUUGCAUGAAUACCUUAUCAUUGGACAUUUUGAUAUUUGGAAAGGUGAACACACCUUUUUCUUUAUGAUCCACGGUGUAAUUUUCAUUUUAUGGGAAGCUGUUUCUGCAUUCAUUGAACCUUUAAGACGACGACCUGAACUACUUCCCUUGCCAUCAAUUUGGCGUUAG